CCAAUAGUGACAGCCAGUGAGCCCAGCCUUCGCGAGCUGGUUCAGGGCCGGCCCUCAGGGGGUGACAAACCGUAUAUCUGCAAUGAGUGUGGUAAGAGCUUCAGCCAGUGGUCUAAGCUGCUGCGGCACCAGCGUAUCCACACAGGUGAACGCCCCAACACCUGCUCUGAGUGUGGCAAGAGUUUCACCCAGAGUUCCCAUUUGGUGCAGCACCAGCGUACCCACACAGGUGAGAAGCCCUACAAGUGCCCUGACUGUGGUAAGUGCUUCAGCUGGAGCUCCAACCUGGUGCAGCACCAGCGGACACAUACAGGUGAGAAGCCCUACAAGUGCACUGAGUGUGAGAAGGCCUUCACCCAGAGCACCAACCUCAUCAAGCACCAACGCUCUCACACGGGUGAGAAGCCCUACAAGUGUGGUGAGUGCCGACGUGCCUUCUACCGCAGCUCAGACCUCAUCCAACACCAGGCGACCCACACAGGUGAGAAGCCCUACAAGUGCACAGAAUGUGGCAAGCGCUUUGGCCAGAACCACAACCUUCUCAAGCACCAGAAGAUACAUGCAGGUGAGAAGCCAUAUCGGUGCACUGAGUGUGGCAAGAGCUUUAUCCAAAGCUCGGAGCUGACACAACACCAGCGCACACACACUGGUGAGAAGCCCUAUGAGUGCCUAGAGUGUGGUAAAAGCUUUGGGCACAGUUCCACCCUCAUUAAGCACCAGCGUACUCAUCUUCGGGAGGACCCCUUCAAGUGUCCAGUAUGUGGAAAGACCUUUACUCUUAGUGCUACACUAUUGCGGCAUCAGCGAACCCACACAGGUGAGCGACCCUACAAAUGCCCUGAGUGUGGCAAGAGCUUUAGUGUCAGCUCCAACCUCAUUAACCACCAGCGCAUCCAUCGAGGGGAGCGGCCAUACAUCUGUGCUGACUGUGGUAAAAGCUUCAUAAUGAGCUCCACACUCAUCCGACAUCAGCGUAUCCACACAGGUGAGAAGCCCUACAAGUGCCCUGACUGUGGCAAGAGCUUCAUCCGAAGUUCCCACCUCAUUCAGCACCGGCGGACCCACACUGGGGAGAAACCCUACAAAUGUCCUGAGUGUGGAAAGAGUUUCAGCCAGAGCUCCAACCUCAUCACCCAUGUCCGUACCCACAUGGAUGAGAACCUCUUCUUGUGCCCUGAGUGUGGGAAGGCAUUUGUGGAUGCAGCUGAGCUGCUGCAACAUCGACUAAUACAUGGAGGUGGAAAGCCCCCUUCUGGGGAUGGGGCAGAGCCAGCCAGCCCAGCAGGAGAGAAACCCUAUAAAUUCUCAGUGGGCCUUGGGGAAUCAGCUCUGCUGCCACCACCUGGAGCCAAACCACACAAGUGUUUGGUGUGUGGUAAGGGCUUUAAUGAUGAGGCUAUUUUUAUGCAGCAUCAGAGAAUACAUAUUGGAGAAAAUCCAUACAAAACCACUGAUGGCACUGAACGUCCAUCUCCCCACCCUUCUCAGCUCCGCCCCCAGAGGACCUUCCUUGGGAGGAAAUCCUAUCCAGGUGCUGAGAAGGGUGACAGCUCGGACCAUAUUGGACCAACCCCUAAAAACCUUGAGGGUCGAGAAAGCUUCAGUCAGAGUUUGGAACUGCUCUCCCCAAAAUCCUACAUCUGUUCUCACUGUGGGGAAAGCUUCUUGGACCGUUCUGUGCUCCAUCAGCAUCAGCUUACCCAUGGAAAUGAAAAACCCUAUAUAUUUCCUGAGUAUAGGACUGGUGUUGGGGAAGGGGCAGGACCCAGCCCCAUUUUGAGUGGAAAACCCUUCAAAUGCCCUGAGUGCCAA